AUGCAUGAAUUGGACCAUUUGUCUUUUGUCAUUGAUGUUUUCAUCGAUCCAAUUUCAAUCCUUUGUAGUGAGGUUGUAAAAGUAGCAGAGCUGGAGAGUUCAAGUGAAUCUCGCGUUGGUACACUACGUGACCCUUCGGAAGUAACAGCUCGAGUGGAGCGGUUGCUUUUCGAUGUUAUCAAUAAAGCUGAAAUGAUUGCACGGGAAAUUUGGCCCUCAGACGGUGGCACUAUUGAGUUAAAUCGAAAAGAACUGAAACGCUUUAUUGUAAAUAAUGAAGCCAAAUGGCUAAGUGGAUCGAAAUUGAGUAGACAUAUGGCUGGCGGAGGUUCGCUGGAAUGUUCCACUGAUAGUGGAAUGCAACAUAUUUCAAAAGAUGAUAGUGUACUGACCACUGAAGGCAUCCUUCAGUCUCACAGACCAAAUCAUUGUAAAAUACACCAAUGCAAACGAGAAAUAAAUUUAUCUGAGUUACAUUCUACACUAGCUGGUACUGAUAGUGAUAAGGAUGUGAAGACACAACGGCAACUUCGUAUGGGAGGGAAUUUUGAGCAAGUUACCACAGAUACAACAUCACAGAUAAAUACAACAUCGAUAACUGAAUCACCUGAAACACUGAUCAGUAGUGAAACAACAGAUCUUAAAAGCUCAAAUAUUGAUGAAUCGUUAUCAGACGAAACCGAAUCACUGACUGAAAAUAAUUUUAUGCAAAAUAGAGGAGACCAACUGGUACCAGCGAUGAAGCCCGAUGGCACCAUUGUUAUACCGGGCGUUGUGCAUGUAAACAACUUUGAAAGCUUGGAUGGUGUCGUACUGGAAUUGAAAGUGCUCAUCAAGAGUCCAAAGGAAUCGAGGCGAAUCAAUGUCAAAAUCGACUGCCCCGACUUUAAUCCAAAAUCGAUUAAAGUGAAUGGAGUGGAAACUCAUCGACUGGUCGAUGACCACAGCAAAACAUCUUAG